ACACACCAUGUGGAUGCUGCACUGUGUGCAUUCGUGUUUAGUAAGUUGGACCUGAGGACAGAAGCACGUCUGUAUUAGCAGAUAGUUUUUGUUGAACAUUGAACCUGGUGGUUCCCAUGUCACAGAGCAACUCCGAAAGUGACAUUUGGGAAUAUAAAUCUCUUAAAAGAAAUAAAAGACAAACCAAAGCAUCAGACACCAGUGAACAUGGAGCCAAGAAACCAAAGUUGGCCAAACAAGGGAUGUCCAAGAAAAAGGUCAACAAAGCCAGCAACAGUAACAGAUCCAGUAAGGUGAACUUCCCAAUUAAACCAUCAACUGAGACAGAAGUCACUUCCCAGGUACAGUCACCUCCCAAGCCUUCUUAUCCAUCUGUCUCAGAAUCACAUCCAGAGCAUGAGGAAUCGUCUUCAGUGACCAACAAAGAGCAGGACCCUCAAUCCAGGGGCUAUUGCCCUGUCUGUCAAAUGCCAUUUUCUGUCUUGGUUGUUCAGUCUACCCAGUGGCAUGUUGCUGAAUGUCUGGAGACCCCUGGAGAAAUAAAUAAAGAAUGUCCAGAUGGUCUUCAAUGCUCCUCCACCAUUCCAAAUCACUACAAGAGAUACAGCCACUCUUUUUUAGCUCACAAUCGAGCAAUAAACAGCACUGAAUCUUCAGUUUUAACACUGGGCCACCCAGCCAGUGUUCUAGAAACAACAACAUUUAACGAUUCCACCAUCUCCAGUAAAGACAGUUCUGUGGACAGUGCUGUGAAUCUGUCUACUGCAUCCAGUCAAAGCGCUUCUCCUGCUCGUGGAACUGGAGAAUCUACUUCUUCUAACCGUCCUAAUGCCUUGACGCUAUUGCGAUCUCCAGGACUUGAGGACAUUAAGAAAAAGAAAGGCUGGUCCCCUGCUAGCAAAGCAUCUAGAUCUUUGGGUUCAUCUCAGGAAGCUAAAGUUAGUAUUUCAACCCCAGUUAAAAAAGAAAAUUAUGUGCAGACUAGUGAAAUUAAAAAGGAGCCAGCUAAUUUAGAUGAUGAUGAUUUUAUAUCUUACUCUCCUCUGUCUGAGCUCCCAGUUUUUAAGGAACACGAUGGAAAUGAGGAUAAUGAUUCAGUGAUAUUAUUUAAUGAUUUUGCAAGUGAUGAUGAGAUUGUGGCCGAUGUAUUGGAUCAGUAUGAUGCAGAGAAAACCAUUAGCCAGGAUGAUCAGGUCAUUAAAGAGUCUUUGCACACCUGUGACCAAUUAGAAUUCAUUGAAUCAAAUGAACGACUGAAAAGUUCCAGCUCUGCAGGUGGUGCUGAUGGGCAACAUCUGCUCACUUCUUCCCCUUUUAGACACUCCAAAGAUAAGAGUUUAGAGAAAAACUGUAAAAAGAAGCUUCAACUACCAUCUACUCAAAGUUUAGUUCUUGAACGCCUCCGUGAGUGUAUAUCAAAUCCUGCAUCAGAUACCAGACCUAAUUUUCUCAGUGAAGAGAUGCCUACCACUCAUGCAACCAUGUCAUCCACCAAGAAUCAAAACUCCUCAGUAUUCACCAAGCCCAAGGUGGGUGUCCCUGGGUUAAAGCAAACUGAUAUUGGGAUCUUUUUUGGAUUAAAGCCAUUAAAAGAAAAGGCUGGACCAGAAGUGAAACCAGAUGAAGAGGCAAGCCUUCAGGUAAUCUCUGCAGCCAGGAAAAGUUUAGUUACUGCCAAGGAAGCUGCUAAACGGCCGAACAGACGAGGAAAAAGGAACACAGCUGUUUCGGUAAUGGCCUUGACAGCAGAAGAAAUAAAAGAAAGCGCUGCUCAGCCCACGCCAACAGAAGGAGACAGAGAAGCAAAGCCACAGAAAAGGAAAACGUGGAACAGAGGAAGAGCGACAGAUGGAGUGCCCAAACAAUGUCCAUUCUACAAGAAAAUCCCAGGAACUAGCUUUGCUGUGGAUGCUUUUCAAUACGGCGCUGUAGAGGGCAUUACGGCCUACUUCCUCACCCACUUUCACUCGGAUCAUUAUAAUGGACUGACUAAGAAUUCAAUGCUGCCUAUAUAUUGUAAUAAAAUUACAGGAAAUCUGGUGAAGAGUAAGCUAAGAGUGGACGAGAAGUACGUCCACAUUCUCCCAAUGAACAAGGAGUGUACAGUGGAUGGUGUAAAAGUUAUUCUACUGGAUGCUAAUCACUGUCCAGGUUCGGCUAUGUUGCUGUUUUUGCUGCCAGAUGGCCAGACUGUGCUCCACACAGGUGAUUUCCGAGCUGAUUCGUCCAUGGAGCGCUACAGAGAGCUGCAGAGCUUACGAAUUCAGACGCUUUAUCUGGACACCACGUAUUGCAGUCCAGAAUAUUCAUUUCCUACACAGCAGGAGGUGAUCAGCUUUGCUGCUAAUACAGCCUUCGAGCUAAUCACACUCAACCCUCGCACACUGGUGGUAUGUGGGACUUACUCUGUGGGUAAAGAGAAAGUCUUUUUGGCAAUUGGUCAGGUUUUGGGUUCUAAGAUUUACAUGUCGAAGGAAAAGUAUAGGACCAUGUGCUGUCUGGAGUCACAGCAGAUCUGCCAGUCUGUUACUGCUGAUAUAAAGGAGAUGAAGAAAGCCCAGGUCCACGUCCUUCCCAUGAUGCAGCUCAAUUUCAGGAAUUUAAGAGCAUACUUGAACAAGUUAUCAGGAACUUAUGACCAGCUGGUGGCAUUUAAGCCUACAGGCUGGACUUUCACUCAGUCACAGGCGGUGCAGGACAUACAACCUCAAGUCGAAGGCAAUAUCAGUAUUUAUGGUAUCCCAUACAGCGAGCACAGUAGCUUCCUGGAACUGAAGCGCUUUGUGCAGUGGCUACGGCCUCUGAAGAUCAUUCCCACGGUGAAUGUAGGCAGCUGGAGCAGCAGAAAGGCCAUGAAAGAUUACUUUGCCCAGUGGCAAGCUGAGGGCAAAACUGUUAAUGAAAUACCAUGCAGCAACAGCAGUAGAUCCUAUUCAAGGCAGUAACUGAGAACUGCCUCACCACUGGUCAGCCUUUGGCCAAAUAAUCAAACAUCUGUAAUGGUGGUACGAUCUCUGCAAAUGUUCCAGAAGACUUUAAGCUGGAUUUUACAUGCUGCUGCCACAGCCGGUUUAAUCGCUGAUAUUUGCCAAUGUCAUUUACUUAUACCUCAGUGUUUACAUUUCAGUUCAGAUUAAACAGCCAGCAUAAAAUAUAUUUUAAAACAUUUCUAGAACUCAGUCGGAGAUGCUCAGUGCGUACUAUAUGUCUUUAAUUUUCAUAAGUCAACUUCCCUUGACUUGCUAAUGUCUGUCUUUCAAUGUUUUAGAUGUCUGAUCAAAGUAGUAUGCACAUUUUUACACACAUUUUUAAUAAAUUUGUUACUAUCUAAACUUAAUUAUCCAAAUUUUAAAGACACAUCCUUAAAUACAUUAAUUAAUUAACUGCACUAACUGCUUUAUUCUGGUCAGGGUUUUGGUGGGUCUGGUGUUAUUUGGAAACACUGGGAAAUUACACAGAUUACACAGUAGACAGUGGAACAGUUUCAUAACACGGCAACAUGCACUUCUAUUUAGUGAUUCAUUUACACACAUGGGCUUGUACCUUAACGCAGCCAAUCCACCUGCCCCCGAAUAAACCAAAGUAUUUUGUGGAACGUGUAAACACUGUAAGCAUAGCACUGACUGAAAAAGAGAAACCCUGGUUCUCAGGGCUUAUUUUUUGGUAUGGCACCCACUGUACUAUAUGCACCACUAUCCUGCCCUAAUUAAUACAUGAAGUUUUAAAAGGGUUAACAAUGAAUGUCGAGCUUUUUGCACUUUUAUCAGCUUUUACAUAUUUUUUUGAUAAAGUAGAUAGAUAAAGUAUCCCCAAGGAACUGAAAACACAAUGACAUUUAAGAGUGUGAAAGGUAUUACUUAUAAUGCCUGAUGACACUGAUCACACAGACUUUAUUCUGCACACACUCUAACAGUGUAUCUUGCAUCAUGAAGAAGGGAAUCAGAUAAUGGUGACCACAGGCUGUUGAGCAGCUCAAGUCUUGCACUUUUGCAGGUGAAACGUUUUGCCCAUUCUUGCUUGAUACAUCAAUCAUUAAAAUUGUAAUUACUAGGAAAGGUGAGGUAAAUGUGGCUGUAUCCCAAAUGUGUUUGAGUGUGUUGCUGACAUCAAUUACUAAAUGUGUUUAUAUGUCCAAAAUACAAUUAAGUUGGGAAUGGCACAAUGUGGCUCAGUGGGUAGCACUGUUGCCUCACAGCAAGAAGGUCCUGGGUCUCGGGGUCCCAGGUGGGGAGGUCCGGGUCCUUUCUGUGUGGAGUUUGCAUGUUCUCCCCGUGACUGUGUGGGUUUCCUCUGGGAGCCUUGGCUUCCUCCCACAGUCCAAAGACAUGCAAGUAAGAUGAAUUGGAGAUACAAAAUUGUCCAUGACUGCUUUUGACAUUAAAACCUAAACUGAUGAAUCUUGUGUAAUCUGUUACUACCUGUCCUGUCAUGAAUGUAACCAAAGUGGAAAACAUGACGUUAAAAUCCUAAUAAAUAAAUAACAGUUAAGUUGGUCCAUGAAAUUGCUGGAAAUCUUUUUUUUUUGUACUUUUAAUAUAGUUAAAGAUUCAAGAGAUUGAACAAAUAACCAAUUCUUAUUAUUUAAUUGUACAAAAUGUCCUAACUUUUGUAGAAAUAGGGUUUGUAAUUUUAUCCAUUAAUUCAGAUCCAAUUUAGUGACUCCUGGAAAUUAAGCCUUACUGUAAAUCUAGUGCUAUAUGAUGUAAACCUCCAGGACAAAGUUUUGUGUAAUAAAAUGUCAUGUUAACUCUAAACUA